GCCCGGCCCCUCAGCGCAGCCCGGCUCGGCGGCGCUGGCCGCUCCCGCUCCCCCGGCCCGGGCUCUUUGUCGGCGCGUGCCGGCGGGGGUCGGCAGCGCCAUGUCCUCCCCCAAGAAUGGCUUCUACCGGCAGGACAUCACCAAGACCCUCUGGGAAGUGCGGGACCGCUACCGGGACCUGCAGCCGGUGGGGUCCGGCGCCUACGGAGCCGUGUGCUCAGCCGUCGAUGGAAGAAGUGGUACCAAAGUGGCCAUUAAGAAAUUGUACCGCCCGUUUCAGUCUGAACUCUUUGCCAAACGAGCUUACCGAGAGCUGCGUCUCCUGAAACACAUGAAGCAUGAAAACGUCAUUGGAAUUUUGGAUGUGUUCACACCAGAUGUAACACUGGAGAAGUUUAAUGACUUCUACCUCGUCAUGCCAUUUAUGGGAACCGACUUGGGUAAGAUAAUGAAGCAUGAGAAGUUAACUGAAGAUCGAAUCCAGUUCCUGGUCUAUCAGAUGUUGAAAGGCUUAAAGUAUAUUCACUCAUCAGGCAUAAUUCACAGGGAUCUAAAGCCUGGAAACUUGGCCGUAAAUGAAGACUGUGAAUUGAAGAUCUUGGAUUUUGGAUUGGCAAGGCAUACAGACAGUGAGAUGACUGGCUAUGUGGUUACAAGGUGGUACAGAGCCCCAGAGGUCAUACUUAAUUGGAUGCAUUAUACUCAGACAGUUGACAUCUGGUCUGUGGGCUGUAUAAUGGCUGAGAUGAUAACAGGGAGACCUCUGUUCAAGGGAAAUGAUCAUCUGGACCAACUCACAGAAAUAAUGAAAGUAACAGGUACACCAACUCAAGAUUUUGUUCAAAAAUUGCACAGUCAAGAUGCAAAAAACUAUAUCAAAAGCCUACCAAAAGUCCAGAAGAAAGAUUUUGCAUCCAUCUUGAAGUAUGCAAAUCCUUUGGCUGUAAACCUUUUGGAGAAGAUGCUGGUGCUGGAUGCAGAGAAGCGAAUCACAGCAGCUGAGGCUUUGAUGCAUCCUUACUUUGAACCAGUUCACGAUCCUGAGGAGGAAAUUGAAGCUGAGAAAUACGACGACACAUUUGAUAACAUGGAUCUUCCACUAGAUGAGUGGAAGCGCAUUACAUAUAAAGAGAUAUUGAACUUCAAGCCACCACAGACACUGGACUCAAAGGAGACAGCAGUGUAAUUGUAUGGCUCAGUAUUUUCAGAACUCUGAGGAAGGCAGAAAAGUUGUAAAUGUUUGUGACAUUUCAGGUGUAUAAACUUAGCUCUAUGUAAUCUGUUUCAUCUGCACUGUAAGUAAAAGCAAUGUCCUUUACUCUGCAUGUGGAAGUUGGUGCCUCUGGGCAUAGCAUUUCGAAAAUAUCCAAAAACUUAUUUCUGCCUACAACUUCUCCUUUCUGCACGAAAGGACUCAGACUGCAAUAACCUGGUGCCAUGCUCAAAAGAGCAGGACGAAUUCUUCAACUCAGAGAUCAGAAGAGUACAAGUUACCACCCCAGGCAAGCUGGGAACACAGUAUGUUCAGUGUGCUGUGACUGCUCUCCCAGGCCACUGAACUGUCUUGAAUGCAAGAAGUACUCAUGUGACUUGUCUGGAAUAUUUCCCUUUGCUGAGAUACUGGGAAGGCUAAUCGUCUGUUAGCUCAGGGACUGCAGUGGGUAGCAGAGACACAGCCCAAAUGAGUGCCUGCAUCCCCUAUCCUGUGUGAGCGGAAGAAGACCUCAGAAGUGUUGAUGUCCUACCUUUUUUCAAAGUAGCCAGCAUAGCAGAACAAGAUUUCAUAAACUUGCUAGGUGAACAGUCACUGGAUAUAUAAUCACUGUAAAAUGUUUUUCUCUGAAUACAGUGAAUUUUCUUUGUAUAGUAGAGUAGGGAUCAAGGAUUUCCAGGGAGAAAUUCUGCAGAUUUUCUAAAAUUUUUUAAUCUCUCUUAACAUCUUGGUAUUGAAAUUAUCUCAGACAAUCAGCAGUGCUGAUUUUAAAAAUAAAGCUGCAUGUGGGUCACUUUAUGGAAAAUGUAAUGAGGACCAAAAUGAUACACUGCAGCUCUUCAUUGGGAAGACCUGCAGCAAGCUGGUUUUUUUUUUUCACAGUGUACAAAGCUCUUACUAGGUGAAGAAUAAUAAUUAUUCCCUUUUUUUACUCUUUUGAACUCAUCUUUGAAAAACCUUCAGACCUUUUGUUGAGAGGUACCUUAGCAGGACUCACCUUUCUUAUGGGUUAGAUGCGUCCUGAGCUCCUCUUUCUGUUCUGUUACUGUAUUUUCCUAGGUGCUUUGUAAGGGUCUCUGAGAGGUGGGAGAAAGAAUUGGCAAAUCUUUGUGAAGAAUUUCUAGAUGAAGUUGCUUGUCUUUCUUAAAGGUAUCUUCACAGUUGACUGUUUGGAUGUGGGUUAUUCUCAAUGUAAUACACUGUGGUGUAUUACUACUGAGUGAAAUGAACGUGAAGGAGGACAUUUGAUCUUGGCAGGUGGUAACUGGAAAAAAAGAAUUUACUUGGGUUUUUUUUCCUUUAAUAACAAAUAUAAACCGUAAGUUUAAUAAA